GAUAUCAAACGCCGAUCGGUCUAAGCCACGCCCACUGUGAAGUUCACUUGACACAGAGGAUGCGCACGAACAUUAUCUUCCGGAUAGAAAACACGCAAGGAAAAUGUCAGAGAAGGACACGGAAACCUUUGACGUGAUGGAGCUGGCAGAGCAUGUCAAGAAACAACGCUGGUGGAACAAGAUGUUCGGCAAAAAUAACUCUGGAGCCGCUGCGGAGAAGUACUCCGUUGCAACACAGCUGGCCAUUGGAGGAGUGAGCGGCUGGUGUGCAGGGUACUUGUUUCAGAAAGUUGGGAAGCUUGCAGCAUCAGCUGUAGGAGGAGGCUUCUUUUUGCUCCAGAUUGCUCAUCACACAGGCUACAUUAAAGUAGACUGGAAACGAGUCGAGCAAGACGUGAACAAGGCAAAGAAGCAGCUGAAGCUGAAUUCAGAGCCUCCUAAAGAAGUGAGGACCAAAAUUAAUGAGGUGCAAGUAUUUGUCAAGAAAAACAUUGUUCUCACAGGAGGCUUUGCUGGUGGAUUUCUGCUUGGUCUGGCUUCAUAGGAUCUCUCAUUGUAAUGUCUUAUACUCCGAGGAUGUCAUCUAACAUCAGAUUACAGCUUCUGUGUGAUAUUGCAGCUUGUAUUUAACUCAUCACUCCUUUAUCAGAUCAAGAUUUGAUUCUUAAGAUGUCUAUAUCUAUAUAUAGGAAACGUAUAUCAAUGCUAGAAUGUAUGGUUUCAGUUUUUGGAUUGUGCAUUGUUUUUAGUUUGUACUUUAAGCCCUGGUUAAUUUUUUUGUUUAUUUGAAAAUGUUGCUAAUAUUAAUUUUGCACGAACCAAGACUUGAAAAGUUAGCCUAUUUAAACAUGUAAAUAGUUGAAACAUUUGAAAAUGUCCUUUAAAAUCCCUAUCUAACCUUUUGGCUUUAUGUCAUGCUGACUAAGCUAAGUGCUGUUAAACCCUGAUGUUCAAACUUAAGCUAUUUCUGUACUAAAUCUGGACAUUACUCCAAAGACCAAGGGGUCGAUAAAAGUUGUAAUUUUAUUCAAUAAUGACAGAAAAGUUCCCAGUAAAUAGACAAUCAGGAUUUAAACAAUUCUGGUUUGCCUUUUUGUCUCAUCUUUGUUUUGAUAUUCAUUUAAUACAUCUAAUCUAUUUCCCUAAAUUACAGCUAAUGCUCAGCACAUCAUGCUAGAAAUAUUCCAGUUUCUGUUCCAUUUUGUAAUCUGCAUUUCAUACAGCUGUCCUUACGAGGCCUUUGUGUUUUGAACAUGAAACCAAGAAGGUCACUCUGAUGGACACUAAAUGUUGAAUGCAUAUUAUUCUCACUAAACUGUUGAAUAAACAGUGACAGCCAGAGGCAGCUUGAUUUAAUUAAAGUUACAAGAGACUCUUUGGUGAAUAUCUAUUCCACAUGUCCUUGAAAGUCUCCUCUGAUCUCUUGCAGCACAUAUACAUGCAUGCUGUGUAUCUUUCUAUUAAAGGAUCGUCUUUGUGUCUGUA